UUUGGCGCGAGGGGGCUGGAGGUUCCGGGCUCCUUUGCUCCCAGCCUAGGUCGGUCCGGGACCGAGUCCGCGUGGGUCUGAUUCGGGGCUGGGCCGGGCUAGAGCCCGCGGCCCCCCGCCCGCGCCAUGUUCGUGACCGACUUUCGCCGGGAUUUCUACGACGUGAUUCAGACAGAGCGAGUUCUCCUCUUCGUUGCUUCUGAUGUCGAUGCGUUAUGUGCCUGCAAAAUUCUUCAGGCCUUGUUCCAGUGUGACCACGUCCAGUACACCUUAGUUCCCGUUCCCGGGUGGCAGGAGCUUGAAACCUCAUUUCUGGAACACAAAGACCAGUUUCACUAUUUUAUUCUCAUAAACUGUGGGGCCAACGUCGACCUCUUAGAUAUCCUGCAGCCCGAAGAAGACAGGAUUUUCUUCAUUUGUGAUACCCACCGGCCCGUCAAUGUUGUGAAUGUUUACAAUGACACCCAGAUAAAGCUGCUCAUUAAACAAGAUGACGACCUGGAGGUCCCCGCUUAUGAUGACAUCUUCAGAGAUGACGAAGAAGAGGAUGAGGAGGAUGAAGAGCAGUCGGGCAGUGAGAGCGAGGGCUCAGAGCCUUCUGGGAAACGCACGCGGCGCGAGGAGGACGUGAUCGAGCGCACCCUGAAGAGGAGGCAGCGAAGAGAGUGGGAGGCCCGCAGGAAAGAAAUCCUCUUUGACUACGAGCAGUAUGAAUACCAUGGGACCUCAUCCGCCAUGGUGAUGUUUGACUUGGCCUGGGUCAUGUCGAAGGACCUCAAUGACAUGUUGUGGUGGGCCAUCGUGGGGCUGACUGACCAAUGGAUACAAGAUAAGAUCACGCAGAUGAAAUACGUGACGGACAUAGGGAUUCUGCAGCGCCAUGUCUCCCGCCACAACCACCGCAAUGAGGACGAGGAAAACUCCCUCUCCAUCGACUGCACGCGGAUAGCCUUCGAAUACGACCUGCGGCUGGCCCUCUACCAGCACUGGUCCCUGUACGACAGCCUCUGCAACACGUGCUACACGGCCUCCAGGCUCAGGCUAUGGUCGGUGCAGGGUCAGAAGCGGCUGCAGGAGUUUCUGGCGGACAUGGGGCUCCCGCUGAAGCAGGUGAAGCAGAAGUUUCAGGCCAUGGAUGUUUCCUUGAAAGAGAACCUGCGGGAAAUCCUCGAGGAGUCCGCCAACAAAUUUGGGAUGAAGGACAUGCGGGUGCAGACUUUCAGCAUCCACUUUGGGUUCAAGAACAAGUUCCUGGCCAGUGACGUGGUCUUCGCCACCACCUCCCUGCUGGAGAACAUCGAGAAGGACGCCUCCGGCACGGACAACUUCAUCCGGGCCUUGGACAGCCUCUCCAGGAGUAACCUGGAGCAGCUCUACCAGGGCCUGGAGCUGGCCAAGAAGCAGCUGCGGGCCAUCCACCAGACCGUGGCCAGCUGCAUCUGCACCAACCUUGUCAUCUCCCAGGGGCCCUUCCUCUACUGCUACCUCAUGGAGGGCACGCCAGACGUCAAGCUGUUCUCCAAGCCGGCCUCCCUGGGCCUGCUCAGCAAGUACCUGCUGCAGUCCUUUAUUUGUUCGACCAAGAACAAGCGCUGUAAGCUGCUGCCCUUAGUGAUGGCGGCCCCCAUGAGUAUGGAGCGCGGCACCAUGAUCGUGGUGGGGAUCCCCCCUGAGACGGAGAGCUCCGACAAGAAGAACUUUUUCGGGCGGGCGUUCGAGAAGGCGGCAGAGAGCACGAGCUCCAGGACUCUGCACAAUCAUUUUGACAUGUCUGUCAUUGAGCUCAAAGUGGAAGACCGAGGCAAGUUCCUGGACGCCCUGAUUUCCCUGCUCUCCUGAGGCUCCAGCUCCCGACGGCUCUCGGCUCUCUACGUUUUUCUGGAUUGUAAAUAUUGGCUGCGCGUUUGUGCCGCUUUUAUGGACUGGCUUUUAGAGACUGUGUAAAUUAUUCCUGAGAUUUUAGCUUCAGGGAAGGCGAUUCUACCCUGGAAAUGCAAUAAAGUGUCCGUGGACUUGGA